AUGGCAACCGGAUUCUUGCCUCCUUACAUCAUACCCGGUCAGGAGCCAGGUACUACUGAUUCACAAAGACAAGAGAUUUAUCAAUUCUUAAGAUGGACAAGAAGAGGGCAAGCAGGUCAAGAAUCAUGUGUAGCGAAAACGAUUUUAUCUGGUGUGAUGGGAUUCGGAUUAGGUGGAAUGUUCAGUUUAAUGUCAUCUUCAUUUGCAUAUGAAGAUCCAUUACGAAGAAAUCCGAAUUUCGAUUCAAUGAAAUUCGGACCUAAGGCUGGUUUAAUGUUUAAAGAGAUGGGUAAAGGAAUGUGGAGCACUGGAAAAGGAUUUGGUAAAGUUGGUGCUUUGUAUGCUGGAUUAGAAUGUUGUGUUGAAAGUUAUAGGGCUAAAAAUGAUCUAUGGAAUUCUUUGGUCGGAGGUGGACUAGCCGGAGGUGUUUUGGCAUAUCAAUCAGGGAUGAAGGCAAUGUUGUUUGGAGCAGUCGGUUUUGCUGCUUUUAGUGGAGCGAUCGAUGGAUAUAUGAGGAGGGAAUUACCGGAUGAUGAUUAA